AUGGCGCCCAGCUCGAAAUCAGAAAAGGACGGUAACAAACAAACGCAGAGAAAACAUAAAGAACAUGUCGUCAAGCUCCUGAACCGUGGAAAGGUAUGCAACAAACUAGACAAGUGAAUGGCACAAUGCACAGCUCUGACGAAGAAUGUGAAGUUGCAGGGUUAAUGCCCCAGCGGAUGCUAGCUAGCUAACGUUAACGUUUCUAAGCACGAACUUGCUACAGUACGUUAGCUAGCAGGCUGACUCAUUGUUAGCAAGCAUUAUUUGGCCGAAACCUAGCUAUAAUCAUUAACUAAAUUAACAGGCUGGUUUAUAUAUUGUGUGAGGGAAUGUUGCUAGCUAGUUGACCGUCUAUCCAUAGCCAGCUAGCUAACGUGUGUUAGUUGAAGCGAACAGUAAGACAGCAAGCGAACGUUAACUAUUUAUUUCGCAUUCACUAACGCAACAAGCAAAUUUACUGUGCAGUCGCCGCUGGCCGUUUCAGAUGGCUAUGCACGGCAUGAUGCCUAUGUGUUGCGAUGUUUUUCAAUUCUGGUCCUGGAGAGUGCUGGCCUUUGUUUCAGCUAACGUUAAUUAGUUAGUUAAAUCAGGUGUUAAUGUUGAUUUAGAACAAAACCCUCCAGCGUACACACCAGAGACCAGGAUGAAAGAACACUGCUGGGUGGGUAGGUAGUAGAGUGGUCAAGACUGGUUUCCUGGACUCAGACCAAGCCUAGUCCGAGUGCUGUAUGUAUCAAGUAUCUCAGAGUAGGUGCUGAUCUGAGGUCCCUCCUGUCCAAGUAAUCUGAAAGGCUAAACUGAUCCUAAAUCUGCUCAUCUACUCUGAGACUGUUGUACAUACGGCCCCUGGACUAACAAGCUAUUUCAAUGGAGGGUCUUUUUUGGGUACAUUGACCACUGUAAAGUAACUUUCCUAGUCCUCUCUCCUAUAGCUGUCAGGCCAGUAUUCUCAGCGCUUGUUCAGGAAACUACCACCGCGUGUCUGUGUUCCCCUGAAGAACAUAGUCAGCGAGGAGUUCCUCAGAGCAGGGUGAGUGUUUAUGAAAGAGUGAGUAUGUCUUUCUCUUAGUGUGUGUGUUGUCUCUUACCUCAUACUUAUUCAUGCUUUAUACAUACACACAGAGACCCUGUUCUCAGUGCUGCCCUAAACUCAUUAACCUCCACCACACACACAUCUAUCGUCUCACCCCUCCCCGUCUCUGUUGUUCCAGGCACAUCUUCCUGGGGUUCACUAAGUGUGGUCGUUAUGUGCUGUCCUCAGUGCAUAUAAUUAACUUUUUGGUCCAUCAGCCACUGUGGCAGGUAGAUUAAAAAAUCACUCCGAUUUUUUUAAACAUUGUAGUCAUUUAGCAGACGCUUAUCCAUAGUGACUUACAGUUAGUGCAUACAUUAUUUUUUAAAUUGUUUCAUACUGGCCCCCCGUGGGAAUCGAACCCACAACCCUGGCGUUGCAAACGCCAUGCUCUACCAACUGAGCUACAUCCCUGCCGGCCAUUCCCUCCCCUACCCUGGACGACGCUGGGCCAAUUGUGCGCCGCCCCAUGUGUCUCCCGGUCGCGGCCGGCUACGACAGAGCCUGGAUUCGAACCAGGAUCUCUAGUGGCACCAGCCAAAAUAUUCCCCCCCCCCCCAUAAAUUUCACCAACAAAACACACAAAAAACGGAUGAGCAUGCUUUGUAAUGUUUCUAAAACAAUACAUGUAAGUAAGAAGUAAUGUGGUAUUGUUUAAUUUCAUUUUUUGUGACCAGAGUCUUUUAACCAAAAUAUCACAGAUGAGACAAACAUUUUCACCUGGCCCUUUAAGGGCGGGAGGGUACCGUGGUAGCGCUGUAACCUGACUAGUAGAAGCGUUGUCUUCUCUUCCCUAGCAGUUGAAACUCAAACAGAAAAACAACCUAGCUUGUGAACAAAACAAUGUACAGUGCAUUCUGAAAGUAUUCAGACCCCUUGACUCCACAUUUUGAUACGUUACAGCCUUAUUCUAAAAUGGAUUAAAUAGUUUUUUCCCCUCAUCAAUCUACACACAAUACCCCAUAAAGACAAAGCGGAAACAGGUUUUUAUAAAUGUUUGCAAAUUUAUAAAAAAACAGAAAUACCCUAUUUACAUAAGUAUUCAGGCCAUUUGCUAUGAGACUUGAAAUUGACCUCAGUUGCAUCCUGUUUCCAUUGAUCAUCCUUGAGAUUAUUUGGAAAGGCACCCACCUAUCUAUAUAAGUUCCCACAGUUGACAGUGCAUGUCAGAGCAAAAACCAAGCCAUGAGGUCGAAGGAAUUGUCCGUAGAGCUCUGAGACAGGAUUGUGUCGAGGCACAAAUCUGGGGAAGGGUUAAACAAUGUUUUUGCAGCAUUGAAGGUCCCCAGGAACACAGUGGCCUCCAUCAUUCUUAAGUGGAAGAAGUUUGGAACCACCAAGACUCUUCCUAGAGCUGGCCGCCCGGCCAAACUAAGCAAUCGGGGGAGAAGGGCCUUGGUCAGGGAGGUGACCAAGAACCCGAUGGUCACUCUGACAGAGUUCCUCUGUUGAGAUGGGAGAACCUUCCAGAAGGACAACCAUCUCUGCAGCACUCUACCAAUGAGGCCUUUAUGGUAGAGUGGCCAGACGGAAGCCACUCCUCAUUAAAAGGCACAUGACAGCCCGCUUGGAGUUUGCUAAAAGGCACCUAAAGGACUCUCAGACCAUGAGAAACAAGAUUCUCUAGUAUGAUGAAACCAAGAUUGAACUCUUUGGCCUGAAUGCCAAGCGUCAUGUCUGGAGGAAACCUGGCACCAUCCCUACGGUGAAGCAUGGUGGUGGCAGCAUCAUGCUGUGGGGAUGUUUUUCAGCGGCAGGGACUGAGAGAAUAGUCAGGAUCGAGGGAAAGAUGAAGGGAGAAAAGUACAGAGAUAUCCUUGAUGAAAACCUCCUCCAGUGCGCUCAGGACCUCAGACUGGGACGAAGGUUCACCUUCCAACAGGACAACGACCCUAAGCACACAGCCAAGACAACGCAGGAGUGGCUUCGGGACAAGUCUCUGAAUGUCCUUGAGUGGCCCAGCCAGAGCCCGGACUUGAACCCGAUCGAACAUCUCUGGAGAGUCCUGAAAAUAGCUGUGCAGCGACGCUCCCCAUCCAACCUGACAGAGCUUAAGAGAAUCUGCAGAUAAGAAUGGGAGAAACUCCCCAAAUACAGGUGUGCCAAGCUUGUAGCGUCAUACCCAAGAAGACUCAGGGCUGUAAUCGUGUAAAGGGUCUGAAUACAUGUUUUUUUUUAUUUUUUAUAUAAAUUAGCAAACAUUUAUGGGGUAUUGUGUGUAGAUUGAUGAGGGAAUAUUAUUUAUUUUUUUACAAUGAGGCUUUUUCCACAAGAUGUGGAAAAAGUCAAAGGGUCUGAAUACUUUCCGAACGCACUGUAUAUAUGUGUGUCAGCAAAUUCCGAGAGAGGAGAGAGAUAUAUGAGAGGGAAGAGUUAGAGGAGAGUAGUCAAGAGGAGGAAGGAGUGCUGGAGAGGGAGAUGGGAGGGGGAGAGAGGGGAGGGGGAGAGAGGGGAGGGGGAGAUGGGAGGGGGAGAGAGGGGGAGGGGGAGAGAGGGGAGAAAGGAGAUGGGAGGGGGAGAGAGGGGAGGGGGAGAGAGGGGAGGGGAGAGGAAGAGAGGGGAGAAGAAAAGGGGUGGGAGGGGGAGAGGAGGGGAGAAAGAAAAGGGGGUGGGGGAGAAACACACUCAUCUCCACACACACCUUGUGUCCACUCUCUCACACCCCUCCUCCUCUGUUGUUCCAGACACAUCUUCCUGGGGUUCACUAAGUGUGGUCGUUACGUGCUGUCCUACACCAGUGACUGUGGAGAGGACGAUGACUUCUCCUUCUACACCUACAACCUCUACUGGUGGGAGUUCAACCUGCACAGCAGACUCAAACAGGUAGGUUGGACCGGCUGGGAACCAUCUACAGUGCCAUCCGUAUGGCCUAAAGAUCAGUGGACCAGCAGAGCAUGGACUACCUACAUGGACUGACUGUAGCCUAAACCGUCCAGGAUGGGAUCUACAGUGCCAUCCUUAUAGGAUCCUAAACCGUCCAGGAUGGGAUCUACAGUGCCAUCCUUAUAGGAUCCUAAACCGUCCAGGAUGUGAUCUACAGUGCCAUCCUUAUAGGAUCCUAAACCGUCCAGGAUGGGAUCUACAGUGCCAUCCUUAUAGGAUUUAUGAGGUGGAUGAUGUGUUGGCUUGGAUUGGCCGGUCAACAGUUAACAACAAGCUACAUUGGCCUGUCAACAGUAACACAAGCUACAAUGGUGAGGAGGUGGAUAUGAAAUCCCCUUCCUUUACUUAUCAUCUCUCUCUUUCUUUCUCUCUCUCUCUCUCUCUCCAUCCCCCUCUUGCUCUUCUCUCUCCCCCCUCACUCUCUCUCUCUCUUCUCCCUCUCUCUCUCCAUCACCCUCAGGUGCACCAUGUGCGUCUGUUUACAGGUGAGGACAUCUACAGUGAUCUCUACCUGACAGUGUGUGAGUGGCCCAACGACCACUCCAAGAUCGUCAUCUUUGGCUUCAAGUAAGACAGAAAGCCGGCGUGCAUUUGGUCUUGUAAAUAUAAUAUCUGUGAUCAGAUCAGCUGGUGACUGGACAUUUCUGUAUUUUCUUGUUUUUCUCUUCCUCUCUCUCUCUCUCUCUCCCUCCCCAUAUCCCUCUCUCUCUCCCUCUCCAUAUCCCUCUCUCUCUCCCUCCCCAUAUCCCUCUCUCUCCCCAUAUCUCUCUCUCCCUCCCCAUAUCUUUCUCUCCCUCCCCAAUCCUCUCUUUCUCCCAUUCUCUCAUCUCCCCCACCCUGCCCACUCCUCCCCCCACCUUGUUUCUAUCUGUCAUACUCGUACCCAACUCGUGUGAUGAACUGAGAGGAUGAGAACAAGAGGUAUCAGCUCCGACGCCUCAGCCUCCCAACCUGCCUCAGUGCUGCCACAAACACUCUACCAUACGACACAGGUACGCAUACCGCCAAUACACACCACCAAGACACAACCGCACGAGAUCUAACCAUCUUCAUGGUCUCUAAACACCGUUACAUACGCACAGUAGACCAAACGCACGCGCGACACAACAUCACACCUAAAUCUAAACCUGCAUCAUGUGCUGCCCCAACCCUUCACCAUACACAAGGCUACAAAGUUGGAUGGUACUACAUCCCACCAGACAACCAUCCUACAAAUCUUAUACCGUUUCUGCCUUCUUUGUCCUCUAAAAAACGUUUCUGUCUGCAGCAUGCUAUAGUACCGUCUCUUCUCUUCUCUGUAGUACAUUCGACGCAUGGGCAUAUGUUGAAGUCUUUUCUAGGAUUGAGAGUGUCUUGACGCAUGUGUAUGUGCCAAGCCCCCUCAAAGAUAGUGGGAGUUUGGUUCAAGCAUGGCAUAGUCGACAGUCUUGUCUUGGUAAUAAAAUGCUGUCAGACAGCUAGUGAACGAAUUCUUUUCUAGGUAGUGGGAGUGUCUGACAUCUAUAUGUUGAACAGUCUCUCUCUCUAGUAUGGAGUGUCUGGAGCAUGGCUAUGUGAACCAGUUCUCUCUCUCAGUAGGAUGUCUGGAGCAUGGCUAUUGUAACAGUCUCUCUCUACGUAGUUGGAGUUCUGGAGCAUGGCAAUGUGAACUCUCUCCUCCUAGUCGUCGAGGCCGCGCAUGCCUUAUGCUUGACAUCUUCUCUCUAGUAGUGGAGUGUCUGGCAUGACUAUAUGUUGAAGUUCUACUAACAGUGAGAUUCUGAGCAUGGCUAUAGUGAACAGUCCUCUCUCUAGGUAGUGGAGAGUGUGCGAGCAUGCUUACUUGAACAGUCCAUCUAGGUAGAGAGCGUCUGGAGCAUGGCAUAUGACACCAGCUACUACUACAGUAAAUGGAAAGUGUCUGAAGCCUGCUUGGUGCUCGCACAAACCUCUCCUAGCUAGGGUAGAGGUCUGGAGCAGGCUAGUAAACAAGCAUCUCUCACAAGUAGUGGAACGUGAUUGGUGCUGGCAUAACUUACCAUACUCUCUAGGUACACGAGUUUCUUGGGCAGUCAUACACAUGAACAACUAUCCUAGGAGGAGAACAUUAUGGACGUUGCUUAUGUUGCGUCUCUCUAAACGUUCUGUCGGAGCAGUGCUGGAUGUAUAGUUGAACAGUUCUCUCUCUAGGUAGUGGAGAGUGUCUGGAGCAUGGCUAUAUGUUGAACAGUCUCUCUCUCUAGGUAGUGGAGAGUGUCUGGAGCAUGGCUAUAUGUUGAACAGUCUCUCUCUAGGUAGUGGAGAGUGUCUGGAGCAUGGCUAUAUGUUGAACAGUCUCUCUCUCUAGGUAGUGGAGAGUGUCUGGAGCAUGGCUAUAUGUUGAACAGUCUCUCUCUCUAGGUAGUGGAGAGUGUCUGGAGCAUGGCUAUAUGUUGAACAGUCUCUCUCUCUCUAGGUAGUGGAGAGUGUCUGGAGCAUGGCUAUAUGUUGAACAGUCGGUACCAGGUGGUCUAUCCCUUCCCCACCUUCCAGCCUGCCUUCCAGCUGAAGAAAGACCAGGUCAUCCUCCUCAACACCUCCUAUUCCCUGGUGGCCUGCUCUGUGUCCCUCUGUCCAGGUAGGAGACAACACACUCUUCACCUCUCUGGUUCAGUUUCCUUUUUUCUUUCACUCUACCCCUUCGCUCUUUCUCUGUCUCGUUCUCUUUCCCUCUCUUUCGAUAUUACUAAGUCCUCUCCUGUGUGAUAUUACUAAGUCCUCUCCUGUGUGAUAUUACUAAGUCCUCUCCUGUGUGGUAUUACUAAGUCCUCUCCUGUGUGGUAUUACUAAGUCCUCUCCUGUGUGGUAUUACUAAGUCCUCUCCUGUGUGGUAUUACUAAGUCCUCUCCUGUGUGGUAUUACUAAGUCCUCUCCUGUGUGGUAUUACUAAGUCCUCUCCUGUGUGGUAUUACUAAGUCCUCUCCUGUGUGGUAUUACUAAGUCCUCUCCUGUGUGGUAUUACUAAGUCCUCUCCUGUGUGGUAUUACUAAGUCCUCUCCUGUGUGGUAUUACUAAGUCCUCUCCUGUGUGGUAUUACUAAGUCUCCUCUCAUGUGUGAUAUUAUUAAGUCCUCUCCUGUGUGAUAUUACUCAGUCUCCUCUCAUGUGUGAUAUUAUUAAGUCCUCUCAUGUGUGAUAUUAUUAAGUCCUCUCCUGUGUGAUAUUACUCAGUCUCCUCUCAUGUGUGAUAUUAAGUCCUCUCAUGUGUGAUAUUAUUAAGUCCUCUCCUGUGUGAUAUUACUAAGUCCUCUCCUGUGUGAUAUUACUAAGUCCUCUCCUGUGUGAUAUUACUAAGUCCUCUCCUGUGUGAUAUUACUAAGUCCUCUCUGUGUGAUAUUACUAAGUCCUCUCCUGUGUGAUAUUACUAAGUCCUCUCCUGUGUGGAUAUUGAUUAAGUCCUCUCCUGUGUGAUAUUAUUAAGUCCUCUCCUGUGUGAUAUUAUUAAGUCCUCUCCUGUUGUGAUAUUAUUAAGUCCCUCUCCUGGGUGAUAUUACUAAGUCCUCUCCUGUGUGAUAUUACUCAGUCUCCUCUCAUGUGUGAUAUUAUUAAGUCCUCUCAUGUGUGAUAUUAUUAAGUCCUCUCCUGUGUGAUAUUACUAAGUCCUCUCCUGUGUGAUAUUACUAAGUCCUCUCCUGUGUGAUAUUACUAAGUCCUCUCCUGUGUGAUAUUAUUAAGUCCUCUCCUGUGUGAUAUUACUAAGUCCUCUCCUGUGUGAUAUUACUAAGUCCUCUCCUGUGUGGUAUUACUAAGUCCUCUCCUGUGUGGUAUUACUAAGUCCUCUCCUGUGUGGUAUUACUAAGUCCUCUCCUGUGUGGUAUUACUAAGUCCUCUCCUGUGUGGUAUUACUAAGUCCUCUCCUGUGUGGUAUUACUAAGUCCUCUCCUGUGUGGUAUUACUAAGUCUCCUCUCCUGUGUGAUAUUACUAAGUCCUCUCCUGUGUGAUAUUACUAAGUCUCCUCUCCUGUGUGAUAUUACUAAGUCCUCUCCUGUGUGGUAUUACUAAGUCCUCUCCUGUGUGGUAUUACUCAGUCUCCUCUCCUGUGUGGUAUUACUAAGUCCUCUCCUGUGUGGUAUUACUAAGUCCUCUCCUGUGUGGUAUUACUAAGUCCUCUCCUGUGUGGUAUUACUAAGUCCUCUCCUGUGUGGUAUUACUAAGUCCUCUCCUGUGUGGUAUUACUAAGUCCUCUCCUGUGUGGUAUUACUAAGUCCUCUCCUGUGUGGUAUUACUAAGUCUCCUCUCCUGUGUGAUAUUAUAAGUCCUCUCUGUGUGAUAUUACUAAGUCUCUCUCCUGUGUGAUAUUACUAAGUCCUCUCUUGUGAUAUUAUAAGUCCUCUCCUGUGUGGUAUUACUAAGUCCUCUCCUGUGUGUAUUACUAAGUCCUCUCCUGUGUGAUAUUACUCAGUCCCUUCUGUGUGUAUUACUAAGUCUCUCCUGUGUGUAUUACUAAGUCCUCUCCUGUGUGGUAUAUACUAAGUCCUCUCCUUUUCUGUCCUCUCCUGUGUGAUUACUAGUCUCUCCUGGGGUAUUCUUCUCCUCCUGUUGAAUACAAGCUCCCCUACCGUGGAAUUCAAGCUCCUCUCCUGUGUAUUAUCAGUCUCCUCCUGCUCCUUUUGUCAGCAGGGUACAGGUCGUCUCUCAGAUCCGUCAGAGAAAGCAUCAGCCCCCACCUCAGAACAUCACCCCGGCGCAAUCGCACCUCUUCAACCCGUCGCUCCUCACGGGGCAACAGGCGAACGCAAGUCAAGCCCCGCCCCUCUCUCCCCUAGCCAAUCACAAGCCGCCGCCCGGGCGCGAGAGUUUGCCGCCGACCUCUUCAGACGUGCCCAGGGAGGAGGGAGGGAAAACGAGGGAGGAGAGAGGAGAGGGAAAACGGAGAGGAGGGAAGAGGGAGAGGGGAACGUCGUGACUGAGAGAGAAGGGGUGAGCAUGGAGAGAGAACGGAGGGAGGAGACACAAACGGAUAAACUGACCAGCUCGCCACAGACUUCCGCUUCAGCUGGGAACCAAAGUCUGUCGCGACCUUUGCAAGAGGACUCUGUUCAGUGUGGCACGGUGAUGUCUCCUGCCUCCUCGUCCUCCUCGUCCCCCCCAACUCCUCAGUCUUCUCAGGAAGCAGGCUGCAGCGAGCCGGGAUAUGUCAACUACACACGCUUGCAGUACCGCAUGCCGCAGCCGGGGGCGCCAGAGCAGGAUGCAGGAGGUGAGACACAGACAGACACUGUAGAAGAAGAAAUGUUUUCACAUGUAACACACAAUGUGCUUGGUCAUGUGACUAGGAAGCUGAAACCCCUCCCUCUUUUUCCCCUCUCUCACCCUCCUUUCUUUCUAUGUCUGCUUCCCUCUAAACUCCCUCCCUCCCUCUCUUUCUCCCCUCCCUCCCUCCCUCCAGGUUAUGAGGAUGAGAAGGUCCAGCUUCCCUUCACUGUGACUGACCUGAAGGGACGCAACCUACAGCUGGUCACUGGGCCCCACAACGGACAGGUGUGUGUGUGUGUGUGUGUGUGUGUGUGUGUGUGUGUGUGUGUGUGAGAGAGAGAAAAAUAUAUCCAGCGCUACCAAUGGAGAGAGGGCGAUAAGGAGCGAAAUAUGAAAGAGAGGUCUGUCUGAGAGACGGGGCCGGAGUGUGUUCAUAUUUACACCUGUUGUCUUCACUUAGUAUUUGGAAGGAACCCAAGUCAAGGAGAACUGCAGUAAACCUGAACAUGCUGAAGUGAGUGUGUGUUUGACCUACAGAGUGUUUGUGUGGAGCAGUUGACUCUGGACUUUGAGUACCUGAUCAACGAGGUGAUCCGGAGCGACGCCCGCUGGGCUCCUCAGUUCUGCUCCUUCAACGACUACGAUGUUGUCAUACUGGAGGUAUAUACAUACACACACACUAGACAUACACACACUGUAGACCCACACACUGUAGACCCACACACUGUAGACCCACACACUGUAGACCCACACACUGUAGACCCACACGCUGUAGACCCACACGCUGUAGACCCACACGCUGUAGACCCACACGCUGUAGACCCACACGCUGUAGACCCACACGCUGUAGACCCACACACUGUAGACCCACACGCUGUAGACCCACACGCUGUAGACCCACACACUGUAGACCCACACACUGUAGACCCACACACUGUAGACCCACACACUGUAGACCCACACACUAUAGACCCACACGCUGUAGACCCACACGCUAUAGACCCACACGCUAUAGACCCACACACACACACUAUAGAGACCCACACACACUAUAGAGACCCACACACACUAUAGAGACCCAUACACACUAUAGACCCACAUUAUAGAGACACACUAGACACACUAUAGAGACCCACACACACUAUAGAGACCCACACACACACACGCACUAUAUACACACACACACACACACUGUAGAGACACACUCUAUAGACACAUACACACACACACACCGUACGCAUGCAUACACACACACAGGAGCAUCUACGGACACUUGCACACAUACACACUGUAUAUAUACAGUACCAGUCAAAACUUUGGACACACCUACUCAUUCAAGGGUUUUUCUUUAUUUUUAGUAUUUUCUACAUUGUAGAAUAAUAGUGAAGACAUCAAAACUAUGAAAUAACACAUAUGGAAUCAUGUAGUUACCAAAAAAGUGUUAAACAAAUCAAAAUAUAUUUUAUAUUUGAGAUUCUUCAAAGUAGCCACCCUUUGCCUUGAUGACAGCUUUGCACACUCUUGGCAUUCUCUAAAACCAGCUUCACCUGGAAUGCUUUUCCAACAGUCUUGAAGGAGUUCCCACAUAUGCUGAGCACUUGUUGACUGCUUUUCCUUCACUCUGCGGUCCAACUCAUCCCAAACCAUCUCAAUUAGGUUGAGGUUGGGGGAUUGUGGAGGCCAGGUCAUCUGAUGCAGCACUCCAUCACUGUCCUUCUUGGUCAAAUAGCCCUUACACAGCCUGGAGGUGUGUUGGGCCAUUGUCCUGUUGAAAAACAAAUGAUAGUCCCGCUAAGCCCAAACCAGAUGGGAUGGCGUAUCGCUGCAGAAUGCUGUGGUAGCCAUGCUGAUUAAGUGUCCCUUGAAUUCUAACUAUAUCACAGACAGUGUCACCAGCAUAGCACCAUCACACCACCUCCUCCAUGCUUCACGGUGGGAACUACACAUGCAGAGAUCAUCCGUUCACCCACAUCGAGUCUCACAAAGACACAGUGGUUGAAACCAAAUAUCUCCCAUUUGGACUCCAGACCAAAAGACAGAUUUCCACCGGUCUAAUGUCCAUUGCUCGUGUUUCUUGGCCCAAGCAAGUCUCUUCUUCUUAUUGGUGUCCUUUAGUAGUGGUUUCUUUGCAGCAAUUUGACCAUGAAGGCCUGAUACACCCAGUCUCCUCUGAACAUUUAAUGUUGAGAUGUGUCUGUUACUUGAACUCUGUGAAGCACUUAUUUGGGCUGCAAUUUCUGAGGCUGGUAACUAAUGAACUUAUCCUCUGCAGCAGAGCUAACUCUGGGUCUUCCUUUCCUGUGGUGGUCCUCAUGAGAGCCAGUUUCAUCAUAGCGCUUGAUGGUUUUUGCGACUGCACUUGAAGAAACUUUCAAAGUUCUUCACUUUUUCCAGAUUGACUGACCUUCAUGUCUUAAAGUAAUGAUAGACUGUUGUUUCUCUUGGCUUAUUUGAGCUGUUCUUGCCAUAAUAUGGACUUGGUAUUUUACCAAAUAGGGCUAUCUUCUGUAUACCCCCUACCUUGUCACAACACAACUGAUUGGCUCAAACGCAUUAAGAAGGAAAGAAAUUCCACAAAUUAACUUUUAAGAAGGCACACCUGUUAAUUGAAAUGCAUUCCAGGUGACUACCUCAUGAAGCUGGUUGAGAGAAUGCCAAGAGUGUGCAAAGCUGUCGUCAAGGCAAAGGGUGGCUAUUUGUUUAAUGCUUUUUUUGAUUACUACAUGAUUCCAUAUGUGUUAUUUCAUAGUUUUGAUGUCUUCACUAUUAUUCUACAAUGUAAAAAUAAAGAAAAACCCUUGAAUGAGUAGGUGUGUCCAAACUUUUUACUGGUACUGUGUAAUAUACAGUGAGGGAAAAAAGUAUUUGAUCCCCUGCUGAUUUUGUACGUUUGCCCACUGACAAAGAAAUGAUCAGUCUAUAAUUUUAAUGGUAGGUUUAUUUGAACAGUGAGAGACAGAAUAACAACAAAAAAAUCCAGAAAAACGCAUGUCAAAAAUGUUCUAAACUGAUUUGCGUUUUAAUGAGGGAAAUAAGUAUUUGACCCCCUCUCAAUCAGAAAGAUUUCUGGCUCCCAGGUGUCUUUCAUACAGGUAACGAGCUGAGAUUAGGAGCACACUCUUAAAGGGAGUGCUCCUAAUCUCAGCUUGUUACCUGUAUAAAAGACACCUGUCCACAGAAGCAAUCAAUCAAUCAGAUUCCAAACUCUCCACCAUGGCCAAGACCAAAGAGCUCUCCAAGGAUGUCAGGGACAAGAUUGUAGACCUACACAAGGCUGGAAUGGGCUACAAGACCAUCGCCAAGCAGCUUGGUGAGAUGGUGACAACAGUUGGUGCGAUUAUUCGCAAAUGGAAGAAACACAAAAGGACUGUCAAUCUCCCUCGGCCUGGGGCUCCAUCCAAGAUCUCACCUCGUGGAGUUGCAAUGAUCAUGAGAACGGUGAAGCACAAAACUACAGGGGAGGAUCUUGUCAAUGAUCUCAAGGCAGCUGGGACCAUAGUCACCAAGAAAACAAUUGGUAACACACUACGCCGUGAAGGACUGAAAUCCUGCAGCGCCCGCAAGGUCCCCCUGCUCAAGAAAGCCCAUAUACAGGCCUGUCUGACGUUUGCCAAUGAACAUCUGAAUGAUUCAGAGGAGAACUGGGUGAAAUUGUUGUGGUCAGAUGAGACCAAAAUUGAGCUCUUUGGCAUCAACUCAACUCGCCGUGUUUGGAGGAGGAGGAAUGCUGCCUAUGACCCCAAGAACACCAUCCCCACCGUCAAACAUGGAGGUGGAAACAUUAUGCUUUGGGGGUGUUUUUCUGCUAAGGGGACAGGACAACAUUACCGCAUCAAAGGGACGAUGGACGGGGCCAUGUACCGUCAAAUCUUGGGUGAGAACCUCCUUCCCUCAGCCAGGGCAUUGAAAUGGGUCGUGGAUGGGUAUUCCAGCAUGACAAUGACCCAAAACACACGGCCAAGGCAACAAAGGAGUGGCUCAAGAAGAAGCAGAUUAAGGUCCUGGAGUGGCCUAGCCAGUCUCCUGACCUUAAUCCCAUAGAAAAUCUGUGGAGGGAGCUGAAGGUUCGAGUUGCCAAACGUCAGCCUCGAAACCUUAAUGACUUGGAGAAGAUCUGCAAAGAGGAGUGGGACAAAAUCCCUCCUGAGAUGUGUGCAAACCUGGUGGCCAACUACAAGAAACGUCUGACCUCUGUGAUUGCCAACAAGGGUUUUGCCACCAAGUACUAAGUCAUGUUUUGCAGAGGGGUCAAAUACUUAUUUCCCUCAUUAAAAUGCAAAUCAAUUGAUAACAUUUUUUACAUGCAUUUUUCUGGAUUUUUUUGUUGUUAUUCUGUCUCUCACUGUUCAAAUAAACCUACCACUAAAAUUAUAGACUGAUCAUGUCUUUGUCAGUGGGCAAACGUACAAAUACUUUUUUCCCUCACUGUAUAUAUAUAUAUACAGUGGGGAAAAAAAGUAUUUAGUCAGCCACCAAUUGUGCAAGUUCUCCCACUUAAAAAGAUGAGAGAGGCCUGUAAUUUUCAUCAUAGGUGCACGUCAACUAUGACAGACAAAUUGAGAAAAAAAAAUCCAGAAAAUCACAUUGUAGGAUUUUUAAUGAAUUUAUUUGCAAAUUAUGGUGGAAAAUAAGUAUUUGGUCACCUACAAACAAGCAAGAUUUCUGGCUCUCACAGACCUGUAACUUCUUCUUUAAGAGGCUCCUCUGUCCUCCACUCGUUACCUGUAUUAAUGGCACCUGUUUGAACUUGUUAUCAGUAUAAAAGACACCUGUCCACAACCUCAAACAGUCACACUCCAAACUCCACUAUGGCCAAGACCAAAGAGCUGUCAAAGAACACCAGAAACAAAAUUGUAGACCUGCACCAGGCUGGGAAGACUGAAUCUGCAAUAGGUAAGCAGCUUGGUUUGAAGAAAUCAACUGUGGGAGCAAUUAUUAGGAAAUGGAAGACAUACAAGACCACUGAUAAUCUCCCUCGAUCUGGGGCUCCACGCAGGUUCUCACCACGUGGGGUCAAAAUGAUCACAAGAACGGUGAGCAAAAAUCCCAGAACCACAUGGGGGGACCUAGUGAAUGACCUGCAGAGAGCUGGGACCAAAGUAACAAAGCCUACCAUCAGUAACACACUACGCCGCCAGGGUCUCAAAUCCUGCAGUGCCAGACGUGUCCCCCUGCUUAAGCCAGUACAUGUCCAGGCCCGUCUGAAGUUUGCUAGAGUGCAUUUGGAUGAUCCAGAAGAGGAUUGGGAGAAUGUCAUAUGGUCAGAUGAAACCAAAAUAGAACCUUUUGGUAAAAACUCAACUCGUUGUGUUUGGAGGACAAAGAAUGCUGAGUUGCAUCCAAAGAACACCAUACCUACUGUGAAGCAUGGGGGUGGAAACAUCAUGCUAUGGGGCUGUUUUUCUGCAAAGGGACCAGGACGACUGAUCCGUGUAAAGGAAAGAAUGAAUGGGGCCAUGUAUCGUGAGAUUUUGAGUGAAAACCUCCUUCCAUCAGCAAGGGCAUUGAAGAUGAAACGUGGCUGGGUCUUUCAGCAUGACAAUGAUCCCAAACACACCGCCCGGGCAACGAAGGAGUGGCUUCGUAAGAAGCAUUUCAAGGUCCUGGAGUGGCCUAGCCAGUCUCCAGAUCUCAACCCCAUAGAAAAUCUUUGGAGGGAGUUGAAAGUCUGUGUUGCCCAGCGACAGCCCCAAAACAUCACUGCUCUAGAGGAGAUCUGCAUGGAGGAAUGGGCCAAAAUACCAGCAACAGUGUGUGAAAACCUUGUGAAGACUUACAGAAAACGUUUGACCUGUGUCAUUGCCAACAAAGGGUAUAUAACAAAAUAUUGAGACACUUUUGUUAUUGACCAAAUACUUAUUUUCCACCAUAAUUUGCAAAUAAAUUCAUAAAAAAUCCUACAAUGUGAUUUUCUGGAUUUUUUUUUCUCAUUUUGUCUGUCAUAGUUGACGUGUACCUAUGAUGAAAAUUACAGGCCUCUCUCAUCUUUUUAAGUGGGAGAACUUGCACAAUUGGUGGCUGACUAAAUACUUUUUUUCCCCACUGUAUAUAUAUAUAUAUAUAUAUAUAUAUAUAUAUAUAUAUAUAUAUAUAUAUAUAUAUAUACACAGUCUAUACGCAUGAGCACACACACACUCUACAUGCACACACACUCACAUCGGGUCAGACAGUAAUGGUGUGUGUGUGUGUAUCAGGUGUGUCCGGAGACUAACACGGUGGUGAUCAACAUUGGUCUGCUGCUGCUGGCCUUCUCCAACCCUGAAGAGGAACACUGCAGGUAACUACACUACACACACACACCUCUACACACUACACAUACACACACACCUAUACACACACACCUAUACACACUACACACACACACCUAUACACACUACACACACACCUCCACGCUUCAUCCCAGCUUGAACGAAAAAGGGAAUCGGGACCGUAUGUAUCAAGUGAGUGCUGAUCUAGGAUCAGUUUAGCCUUUUAGAUCACAACAAAUAAGAUUACAUGGACGGGGGGGGGGGGUGAUCCUAGAUCAGCACUCCAGCUCUGAGAUACAGGUGCUCAACUGAGGAACUUGAUCAUCCAAAACAGCAUUCCUGACCUCCGAACACCUCACCAGGUGACCAUCCCAGGAAAACAAUUGUAUUGGUCACAUACACGUGUUUAGCAGAUGUUAUUGCGGGUGUAGCGAAAUGCUUGUGCUUCUAGCUCCGACAGUGCAGUAAUAUCUAACAAUUUACAACAUAUACCCAAUACACACAAAUCUAAGUAAAUAGAUGAGUUUAGUCACAACACAAACAAACAGGAGUGAUUUUUAUUUUAUUUAUUUAUCACCUGGUGAGGUUGUUUUGGGGUCAGGAGUGCUGUUUUAAACACCUCUGUCUGUCACUCACACUAAACGGUAGUUUCCUGUCUUGUCUUCCAGGCCCAACACCUACCACUCCAGUCUGCAGGUGAGCUGGGACCUCAACACAGGAGUGUGUCACACCGUCGGGGUUGGUGACCUCACUGAGGUCAAGGGUCAGACCAGGUGAGACUCUCUCUUUCUCUUUUCAUACCACUCUUUCUUUCUCUCUCUCUUGUUCUUCAUAUCUCCCUCUUCUCUCCCCUCCUCUAGUGGCAGUGUAUGGAGUUCCUACAGGAAGUCUUGUGUUAACACCGUAAUGAAGUGGCUGGUUCCAGAGAGCAGCUCUCGCUAUAUCAACCGCAUGACCAACGAGGCCCUGCACAAAGGUACACAUACCCUGGCUUGCGAAAGUAUUCACCCCCCCUUGCCAUUUUUCCUAUUUUGUUGUCUUACAACCUGGAAUUAAAAUUGAUUUUUGGGGGGUUUGUAUCAUUUGAUUUACACAACAUGCCUACCACUUUGAAGAUGCAAAAUAUUUUUGGGGGUGAAACAAACAAAAAAAACAGAACUUGAGCGUGCAUAACUAUUCACCCCCCCCCCAAAGUCAAUACUUUGUAAAGUUUCAGAUAUUUUUUUAUAACCCAACCCUGAUCUGUAUUUCUCCACAACUUUGUCCCUGACCUGUUUGGAGAGCUCCUUGGUCUUCAUGGUGCCGCUUGCUUGGUGGUGCCCCUUGCUUAGUGGUGUUGCAGACUCUGUGGCCUUUCAGAACAGGUGUAUAUGUGUGUAUAUAUAUAUAUAUAUAUAUAUAUAUACAGUGGGGAGAACAAGUAUUUGAUACACUGCCGAUUUUGCAGGUUUUCCUACUUACAAAGCAUGUAGAGGUCUGUAAUUUUUAUCAUAGGUACACUUCAACUGUGAGAGACGGAAUCUAAAACAAAAAUCCAGAAAAUCACAUUGUAUGAUUUUUAAGUAAUUAAUUUGCAUUUUAUUGCAUGACAUAAGUAUUUGAUCACCUACCAACCAGUAAGAAUUCCGGCUCUCACACAAGUUUUUCUUUAAGAAGCCCUCCUGUUCUCCACUCAUUACCUGUAUUAACUGCACCUGUUUGAACUCGUUACCUGUAUAAAAGACACCUGUCCACACACUCAAUCAAACAGACUCCAACUUCUCCACAAUGGCCAAGACCAGAGAGCUGUGUAAGGACAUCAGGGAUAAAAUUGUAGACCUGCACAAGGCUGGGAUGGGCUACAGGACAAUAGGCAAGCAGCUUGGUGAGAAGGCAACAACUGUUGGCACAAUUAUUAGAAAAUGGAAGAAGUUCAAGAUGAAGGUCAAUCACCCUCGGUCUGGGGCUCAAUGCAAGAUCUCACCUCGUGGGGCAUCAAUGAUCAUGAGGAAGCUGAGGGAUCAGCCCAGAACUACACGGCAGGACCUGGUCAAUGACCUGAAGAGAGCUGGGACCACAGUCUCAAAGAAAACCAUUAGUAACACACUACGCCGUCAUGGAUUAAAAUCCUGCAGCGCACGCAAGGUCCCCCUGCUCAAGCCAGCGCAUGUCCAGGCCACGCUGAAGUUUGCCAAUGACCAUCUGGAUGAUCCAGAGGAGGAAUGGGAGAAGGUCAUGUGGUCUGAUGAGACAAAAAUAUAGUUUUUUGGUCUAAACUCCACUCGCCGUGUUUGGAGGAAGAAGAAGGAUGAGUACAACCCCAAGAACACCAUCCCAACUGUGAAGCAUGGAGGUGGAAACAUCAUUCUUUGGGGAUGCUUUUCUGAAAAGGAGACAGGACGAUUGCACCGUAUUGAGGGGAGGAUGGAUGGGGCCAUGUAUCGCGAGAUCUUGGCCAACAACCUCCUUCCCUCAGUAAGAGCACUGAAGAUGGGUCGUGGCUGGGUCUUCCAGCAUGACAACUACCCAAAACACACAGCCAGGGCAACUAAGGAGUGGCUCCGUAAGAAGCAUCUCAAGGUCCUGGAGUGGCCUAGCCAGUCUCCAGACUUGAACCCAAUAGAAAAUCUUUGGAGGGAGCUGAAAGUCCGUAUUGCCCAGCGAUAGCCCCGAAACCUGAAGGAUCUGGAGAAGGUCUGUAUGGAGGAGUGGGCCAAAAUCCCUGCUGCAAUAUGUGCAAACCUGGUCAAGAACUACAGGAAACGUAUGAUCACUGUAAUUGCAAACAAAGGUUUCUGUACCAAAUAUUAAGUUCUGCUUUUCUGAUGUAUCAAAUACUUAUGUCAUGCAAUAAAAUGCAAAUUAAUUACUUAAAAAUCAUACAAUGUGAUUUUCUGGAUUUUUGUUUUAGAUUCCGUCUCUCACAGUUGAAGUGUACCUAUGAUAAAAAUUACAGACCUCUACAUGCUUUGUAAGUAGGAAAACCUGCAGUGUAUCAAAUACUUGUUCUCCCCACUGUAUAUAUAUAUACUGAGAUCAUGUGACAGAUUGUAACACUUGGAUUGCACACAGGUGGACUUUAUUUAACUAACUAUGUGACUUCUGAAGGUGAUUGGUUGCACCAGAUCUUAUUUAGGGGCUUCAUAGCAAAGGGGGUGAAUACAUAUGCACACACCACUUUUCCGUUAUUAAUUUUGUAUAAUUUUUUGAAACAAGUUAUUUUUUUCAUUUCACUUCACCAAUUUGGACUAUUUUGUGUAUGUCCAUUACAUGAAAUCCAAGUAAAUUACAGGUUGUAAUGCAACAAAAUAGGAAAAAAGCCAAGGGGGAUGAAUACUUUUGCAAGGCACUGUAUAUACAAUGAGUGUACAAAACAUUAAGAACACCUUCCUAAUAUUCAGUUGCACCCCCUUUUGCCCUCAGAACAGCCUCAAUUUGUCAGGGUUAUGGACUCUACAAGAUGUCGAAAGCGUUCCACAGGGAUGCUGGCCCAUGUUGACUCCAAUGCUUCCCACAGUUGUGUCAAGUUGGCUGGAUGUCCUUUGGGUUGCGAACCAUUAUUGAUCCACACGGGGGAAACUGUUGAGCGUGUAAAACCCAGCAGUGUUGCAAUUCUUACAUUUUACAUUUAGCAGACGCUCUUAUCCAGAGCCACUUACAGUUAGAGUGCAUACAUUUUCAUACUGGCCCCCCGUGGGAAACGAACCCACAACCCUGGCGUUGCAAGCACCAUGCUCUACCAACUGAGAUACACGGGGCUCUUGCCACACUCUACACUGCGCCUGGCACCUACUACCAUACCCCGUUCAAAGGUACAAAUAUUACCAUACCCCGUUCAAAGGCACAAAUCUUUUGUCUUGCCCAUUCACCCUCUGAAUGGCACACAUACACAAUCCAUGUCUCAAUUGUCUCAAGGCUUAAAAAUCCUUCUUUAACCUGUCUCCUCCCCUUCAUCUACACUGAUUGAAGUGGAUUUAACAAGUGACAUCAAUAAGGGAUCAUAGCUUUCACCUGGUCAGCCUAUGUCAUGGAAAGAGCAGGUGUCCUUAAUGUGUUCUAUACUCACACAUGGGCCAGCAGCAUAACACCCAGCAUCCCACUGCUGGCUUGCCUCUGAAGCUAAGCAGGGUUGGUCCUGCAUCCCACUGCUGGCUUGCCUCUGAAGCUAAGCAGGGUUGGUCCUGCAUCCCACUGCUGGCUUGCCUCUGAAGCUAAGCAGGGUUGGUCCUGUAUCCCACUGCUGGCUUGCCUCUGAAGCUAAGCAGGGUUGGUCCUGCAUCCCACUGCUGGCUUGCCUCUGAAGCUAAGCAGGGUUGGUCCUGCAUCCCACUGCUGGCUUGCCUCUGAAGCUAAGCAGGGUUGUCCUGCAUCCCACUGCUGGCUUGCCUCUGAAGCUAAGCAGGGUUGGUCCUGCAUCCCACUGCUGGCUUGCCUCUGAAGCUAAGCAGGGUUGUCCUGCAUCCCACUGCUGGCUUGCCUCUGAAUAAGCCCCCGCCUCAAGCAGGGUUGGUCCUGCAUCCCACUGCUGGCUUGCCUCUGAAGCUAAGCAGGGUUGGUCCUGCAUCCCACUGCUGGCUUGCCUCUGAAGCUAAGCAGGGUUGGUCCUGCAUCCCACUGCUGGCUUGCCUCUGAAGCUAAGCAGGGUUGGUCCUGCAUCCCACUGCUGGCUUGCCUCUGAAGCUAAGCAGGGUUGGUCCUGUUCGGUCCCUGGAUGGGAGACUAGAUGCUGCUGGAAAUGGUGUUGCACUGUUUCCUCUGGUCUAAAAAAAAAUAUCCCAAUGCCCCAGGGCAGUGAUUGGGGACAUUGCUCUGUGUAGGGUGCCGUCUUUCAAAUGGGAUGUUAAACUGUGGUCACUAAAGAUCCCAUGGCACUUAUCGUAAGAGUAGGGGUGUUAACCCCGCUGUCGUGGCUAAAUCCCCAAUCUGGCCCUCAUACCAUCAUGGCCACCUAAUCAUCCCCAGCUUCCAAUUGGCUCAUUCAUCCCCCCUCCUCUCCCCUGUAACUAUUCCCCAGGUUGUUGCUGUAAAUGAGAAUGUGUUCUCAGUCAACUGACCUGGGAAAAUAAGGGUUAAAUAAAAAAAGACUGACUGACACACUAUCUUUAUGUAAAUGACAACUUCAAACUCUCUUAUUAUUCUGUUAACUAAUGUGAUGUUUGUCCCUCUCUCUCUCUUCUGUCUAGGUUCCUCUCUAGAGGUGUUAACUAAUGUGAUGUUUGUCCCCCUCUCUCUUCUGUCUAGGUUCCUCUCUACAGGUGUUAGCUGACAGCGACCGGAGUACCUGGAUCAUACUAUGAGGGACAACAGAGGAGUGUCCUGACACCAGAGGCUCGGACUGUCACACACAGACACACACACAUCGACUCACACUCACACACAGUCAACCUGUUAGCUGCUACAGUAACAGUGAAAGGGGGCGUCUCAAAAGGCACCCUAUUCCAUAUGUGGUGCACUACUUUUGACUGGAGCCCUUAUGGCUGUGGUGAAAAGUAGUGCACCACAUAGGGCCUUCAAACUCAACUCUGGACCUCAAAGCCAGUCCCACUGAUUUAGAACAGGGACACCAGGUGUGUGAUAUUAAUGAUCAGGUAGAACAGAAAAGCAGCAGGCUCCGGACCUCGUGGGGUCAGAGUUGAACAGCCCUAAUAUAGGGAAUAGGGUGUCAUGACUCAGUUACUACGUGUCGCCAACUUGGAUCUGUGCACCUGCCUCUGUAAUGUUGUAGGAUGGAAGAAACAUUGUGUGUUUUUCACAUCUUCUGUUUGAUAAUUGUGGACUAUAUUAUGGAACCAUUUGCACCCGGAGCUGGACUGAACAAAGAUGUUUUUACUGUGUUUUUUUUAAAGUUUCUUUGGUAUCAUUUUCCGUUUUAUGCCUGUGUGUGUGAGAGAGAGAGAGAGAGAGAGAUGUGUAUGUAGAGAGAAGUUGUGUGGCCCUCAUGCCUCCGAGAUUCUGCUGGUGUUCUCAGAACCUAAAAGGACUCUCCUCUAAACCAGACCUACAUAUGAACUGGAACCAAUCCUGUUAUUUGUCGCUCUGGAGUGACGUUGCCCCUAAGUACAGAUGUAGGAUCAGCUUCCCCUCCCCCAAUCCUAACCAUUAGUGGGGGACAUUUUAAAACUGACCACAGAUCAGUAUCUAGGGGCAGCUUCAUCUGUCUCUUAUUUUACUGUUGACAGAGUUCUUGUUUUUCUGUGUCCAAAAUGGCUCCCUAUGUAGUGCACUACGUUUUGUCCAGAGCCUCAUUAGCUCUCAUAGGCUUUGGUCAGAAGUAGUGCACUGCAUAGGGAAUAGGGUGUCAGUUCAGAUUGGUCCCUUGUCUUUAUAAAUGUAUUUGUAUGUGAUGGAGUUAGGGUUGCAAAAUUCCGAUAACUUUCCCAAAAUGUCCAGGUUUUCUACAAAUCCUGGUUGGAGGAUUCCAGAUUUACUGCUUAUUCCCUCAUCCCAGGAAUCUUUUUAGGAAAGUUACAGGAAUUUUGCAACCCUAGAUGGAGCAGAGGCUUAUGGGAGAUGUAGUUUAUCAGGCUGUAUCUUUAACAGACUGGACAGAGAGCAUGGUUCACUUGAAUAUUUUUGAUAAAAAUAAAUAAUUGAAAGAUUUGUCUUGCGUGGGGUUGUCUAUUUCCUGUGUGUGUGUGAAGAACAACACUUUUUAAAAACGUUUUAAGAGAUUGUGUGUGUGAGAAGAGGGAAACAUUUGUAAAGUAUGUAUAUUUUCCAUUUAAUGGCUAAAGGUGGGCUGGUAUCACGUCUUUAUGGUGCAACAACUAUGAGCACAAGAUGUUGAAAAGACCUCUAACAUCUCCUGCUCACUGGGUACUGAUAAUAAAACUACAAACUCGUCACAGGGAUUCAAUACAAAGGUCUCCAAAACGUAUACUAGAUAUCUUAUGUGAUUGUACAAUAGUAAUACAGUAGCUAAAUACUCUGGAUAGUACAUCAAAAUAUGCUACACAUACUGUUGAAAUAAGGCCAUAAUGGUUCAAGGAGUACAAUAAAUAUAUGAUAGUCACUAAAAGUUCACUAAAGUGACACGAUAUCUAUAUUUACUAAUAUUUCUAUAGAUAUAUAUUACACAUUCACUUAUCUGUACUAAAUAGCUUUUUUUGUUUACUAUAGUUGACUUUUUGCUGAUUCAGCGAGCUGGCAGUUAGGGUUGCCAUGGAUACAAUGUUGCAUGUGCUCUUGCAUUGUCAUCUGCCAACCUGAUUGGUCGUGUGAGUUCUGACCUUGUGGCCCAAUCACAGAUUAGCGAUGUUUCUGUGAAGGUCUGUAGACCGCUGGUGAGAUAUCACUUUACUGUUUGUGGAUGAAUGAUGGAUGAGGAUGGAUGGACAAACGAAUGUGAUAUAUACAGGAUGCAUUAUGGCUGCCCCCUCUAUUCCACGACCCUACAUAUGCCUGCUAUAACUCCUUAUAAACACUUUAAUAACAAUACAUUCCCAAAGAGUUACGAACAAAUGUCAGAUUGUACAAGUCCGCAGACAAGUUUAGAAACACUUUAAUUUAUAAAUCUGAUAUCUAAUUCCAAAUGGCACCCUAUUCCCUAUAUAGGGCACUAUAGGGCCCACAGGGAAAGGAAAGUGCACUAUAUAGGGAAUAGGGUGCCAUUUGGGAUGCAAACACAAGCUUUGUCUAGCACCACAAGGCACAGGUAAUCUCUUAGUUGGCCAAAUAAAAAAAUAAAAUACAAUAAAUGUUCUUUCUAAACGCUGCACUGUAUCGACCUAGACACCCCACCCUCUAAACUAGAGGUCUGUGUUAUACAUCAGGUUACUACUGUUACAGCGUCUGAUUGAUCGAUAUUGAUCAAUUCAUAUCAAGACACCUUCAGUCUCAUUUGAUGGAGGGCUAUUAACAUAUUCAUACUCAAUCUUUGAGGCUCCUUCCUAAACGGUGCCCUGUUUAAGUACCAAUAGGAUGCCAUUUGGAAAACUCUGUGAGAAGUGGUUAUUUAAGAGGUCAUCAUGAACAUCAUCAGGCCCUAAAAACAGACCGGUGUAACAACUCUACACCUGGCUUGAGGCAAACGCAGUAAAUCUCUCUCCCCUUCUCUCGCUUUCUAUGGCAGUUAGGACAGUGGGUGAGAAGGUGAGGACAGAGAUGAUUAUAGGCAUGCAGGUUUGACUGACAUAUAGGUCUAGAUUCAAUCUGAGGUAUAGUAUAGACCGCUGUUAACAGUGACAUAUAGGUCGGGAUUCAUCCGAGGUACAUUGUAGACUUAAUGUUGACAAUGCCCCCUUUUAAAGGCAAUGCCCCCUGACGUGUUCGCGGAGACUGCAUUCACGGUAAACGUUGCAUGUCAGCUCAAUCGGAAAUUACCUUUAAAAUGUCAAGUGUGCUACAAUACACUUCGGAUUGAAUCUCGGCCACUGUGUUGGUACAAGACUGUUUAUGCAUCCAACAACAACGAGUUGCCAAACUAGGGGUAAUGUUAAUUGGUGGGAUAAGAUAAAUUGGUAAAAUCUGAAACAGACCGUUACCCCAGACUAGUGUGUUUAGUGAAGAGGUUACUGUCUCUUAUGUCACAAUGAAGGACUAGUGUGUAGUGAAGGGGUUACUGUGUCUUAUGUCACAAUGAAGGACUAGUGUGUUUAGUGAAGAGGUUACUGUCUCUUAUGUCACAAUGAAGGACUAGUGUGUAGUGAAGGGGUUACUGUGUCUUAUGUCACAAUGAAGGACUAGUGUGUAGUGAAGGUGUUACUGUCUCUUAUGUCACAAUGAAGGACUAGUGUGUCUAGUGAAGGGGUUACUGUCUCUUAUGUCACAAUGAAGGACUAGUGUGUCUAGUGAAGGGGUUACUGUCUCUUAUGUCACAAUGAAGGCGAUGAUGAGGAACAAUGAGGAACCAUGACAACUAAAAGAGCUGAAAAGGUAAAGUGUCAGUAGGAAGGCAAGCUGUGAAACCUCUCUCUCUCCUUCUCUCACACACACACAGUCUUGUACAGCUAACCUUGUGGGGGGACACAAUUCAGUCACAUUCAAAAUCCUAUUUUCCCUAACCUUAACCCAAAAACCUAACAUUAACCCUAAAACUUACCCUAGCUCCUAACCCUUAAUGUAAUUCUAACCCUAAUUCUAACCUUAACCUCCUAGAAAUAGCAUUUGACCUUGUGGGGACUAACAAAAUGUCCCCAGUUGGUCAAAUAUUUGUUUGUUUACUAUUCUAGUAAAACAUGUCCACACACACACACACACACACACACACACACACACACACACACACACACACCUCUCCAGAGAGAUCAAGGUGCAGACAGAGUGUGUGAGGUUAGGUUGCAGGAACAGAUAAGGAACUUAAUGGCAUUGGGAACACAAAUGGGCUCAUAGCAAACUAUCAUUAAGGCAAAGGAUGAGUGUGUUAUUGAGGGUGUGUGUGUGUCAUGUUAGCCAACGGCUAAGUCGAGAGUGUGUGAUUUAAGUUGUCAGUGUGCGUGUGUGUUGGGUCAGUGUGUGUGAGUCACUGUGUGUGUGGUAUUGAAAAGUCCUCAGGGGUCAGUGUGUUGGGUCAGUGUGUGUGAGUCACUGUGUGUGUGGUAUUGAACAGUCCUCAGGGGUCAGUGUGUUGGGUCAGUGUGUUGGGUCAGUGUGUGUGAGUCACUGUGUGUGUGGUAUUGAAAAGUCCUCAGGGGUCAGUGUGUUGGGUCAGUGUGUGUGUGGUAUUGAACAGUCCUCAGGGGUCAGUGUGUGUUGGGUCAGUGUGUUGGGUCAGUGUGUGUGUGGUAUUGAACAGUCCUCAGGGGUCAGUGUGUGUGUGGUAUUGAACAGUCCUCAGGGGUCAGUGUGUUGGGUCAGUGUGUGUGUGGUAUUGAACAGUCCUCAGGGGUCAGUGUGUUGGGUCAGUGUGUGUGUGGUAUUGAACAGUCCUCAGGGGUCAGUGUGUGUGUGGUAUUGAUCAGUCCUCAGGGGUCAGUGUGUUGGGACAGUGUGUGUGUGGUAUUGAUCAGUCCUCAGGGGUCAGUGUGUUGGGUCAGUGUGUGUGUGGUAUUGAACAGUCCUCAGGGGUCAGUGUGUUGGGUCAGUGUGUGUGUGGUAUUGAACAGUCCUCAGGGGUCAGUGUGUUGGGUCAGUGUGUGUGUGGUAUUGAACAGUCCUCAGGGGUCAGUGUGUUGGGUCAGUGUGUGUGUGGUAUUGAACAGUCCUCAGGGGUCAGUGUGUGUGUGGUAUUGAACAGUCCUCAGGGGUCAGUCCUGGCUAGCUUGAUGGGUGGCUCCAGUGACGACUCCCCCUCUCCCAGACCAGCGGAGUUAGACGGCAUGGUCAUCUCUACCCCCUCUUCAUCACUCUCCUCCUCCUCAUCAUCUUCCUCAUCUGAGACACACAGACAGACACACACACACACACACACAUUUAAGCCAAAUACAUUUAAACUCAGUUUUUCACAAUUCCUGACAUUUAAUCCUAGUAAAAAUUCCCUGUUUUAGGUCAGUUAGGAUCACCACUUUAUUUUAAGAAUGUGAAAUGUCAGAAUAAUAGUAGAGAGAAUGAUUUAUUUAUUUCAGCUUUUAUUUAUUUCAUCACAUUCCCAGUGGGUCAGAAGUUUACAUACACUCAAUUAGUAUUUGGUAGCAUCGUCUUUAAAUUGUUUAACUUGGGUCAAAUGUUUCGAGUAGCCUUCCACAAGCUUCCCACAAUAAGUUGUGUGAAUUUUGGCCCAUUCCUCCUGACAGAGCUGGUGUAACUGAGUCAGGUUUGUCGGCCUCCUUGCUCGCACACGCUUUUUUAGUUCCCCCACACAUUUUCUAUAGGAUUGAGGUCAGGGCAUUGUGAUGGCCACUCCAAUACCUUGACUUUGUUGUCCUUAAACCAUUUUGCCACAACUUUGGAAGUAUGCUUGGGGUCAUUGUCCAUUUGGAAGACCCAUUUGCGACCAAGCUUUAACUUCCUGACUGAUGUCUUGAGAUGUUGCUUCAAUAUAUCCACAUCAUUUUCCUUCCUCAUGAUGCCAUCUAUUUUGUGAAGUGCACCAGUCCCUCCUGCAGCAAAGCACCCCCACAGCAUGAUGCUGCCACCCCCGUGCUUCACGGUUGGGAUGGUGUUCUUCGGCUUGCAAGCGAACCCCUUUUUCCUCCAAACAUAACGAUGGUCAUUAUGGCCAAACAGUUGUAUUUUAGUUUAAAUCAGACCAGAGGACAUUUCUCCAAAAAGUAAGAUCUUUGUCCCCAUGUGCAGUUGCAAACUGUAGUCUGGCUUUUUUAUGGCGGUUUUGGAGCAGUGGCUUCCUUCUUCCUUGCUGAGCGGCCUUCCAGGUUAUCUCGAUAUAGGACUCGUUUUACUGUGGAUAUAGAUACUUUUGUACCCGUUUCCUCCAGCAUCUUCACAAGGUCCUUUGCUGUUGUUCUGGGAUUGAUUUGCACUUUUCGCACCAAAGUACGUUCAUCUCUAGGAGACAGAACGCGUCUCCUUCCUGAGCGGUAUGACGGCUGCGUGGUCCCAUGGUGUUUAUACUUGCGUACUAUUGUUUGUACAGAUGAACGUGGUACCUUCAGGCAUUUGGAAAUUGCUCCCAAGGAUGAACCAGACUUGUGGAGGUCUACCAUUUUUUUGCUGAGGUCUUGGCUGAUUUCUUUUGAUUGUCCCAUGAUGUCAAGCAAAGAGGCACUGAGCUUGAAGGUAGGCCUUGAAAUAAUCCACAGGUACACCUCCAAUUGACUCAAAUGAUGUCAAUUAGCCUAUCAGAAGCUUCUAAAGCCAUGACAUCCUUUUCUGGAAUUUUCCAAGCCGUUUAAAGGCACAGUCAAAUUAGUAUAUGUAAACCUCUGACCCACUGGAAUUGUGAUACAGUGAAUUAUAAGUGAAAUAAUCUGUCUGUAAACAAUUGUUGGAAAAAUGACUUGUGUCAUGCACAAAGUCCUAACCGACUUUUACAUUUUGACAUUUUAGUCAUUUAGCAGACGCUCUUAUCCAGAGCGACUUACAGUUUUAGUGAGUGCAUAAAUUUUUCAUACUGGCCCCCCGUGGGAAACAAACCCACAACACUGGCGUUGCAAGCGCCAUGCUCUACCAACUGAGCUACAGGAGACCCCACAGACUUGCCAAAACUAUAGUUUGUUAACAAGACAUUUGCGGAGUGGUUGAAAAAAACGAGUUUUAAUAACUCCAACCUAAGUGUAUGUAAACUUCCGACUUCAACUGUAUAUUAACCUUUUCAAAUCAGUCCAGGUUUAUUGUGCCCACAUUAUGUCAGAUAUAAAACAUUGGAAGGGUUGAAGUAUAAUAUAGAGAUGAAGCAUUUACCUUUAUCAGGAUCCUGAAAGUUCAGACUCCUGCCCACACUGGCAAACUGAGGGAGAGAUAUUCAUAUUUAUUGUUUAUUUCACUUUUGUUUACUAUCUACUUCACUUGCUUUGGCAAUGUAAACACACGUUUCCCAUGCCAAUAAAGCCCUUACAUUGAAUUGAAUUGAAAUUGAGAGAGAGAGAGAGAGAGAGAGAGACAAUAAGCAAUGUAUCAUGUGUGUCAGUAUGUGUGUUUAUGUGCCCUUGAGUCCAUGUACAUGCUUGCUUGCUCGCAAGUGUGUGUGUGUGUGUGUGUGUGUGUGUGUGUGUGUGUGUACCUCUCCCAUGACAGCGAUGGGUGUCUCUCCUUUAGCCUGGGCCACUCUGUGUUCUAUCAGGUAGUACAUGUACUCAUCAUAAAGCAGUCUGAUCAGGUGGAAGGAGCCGAAGCUGGCAGCACUACGCAGAGUCAAGUCCCUGAUCACCAUGGAACUGGGGGGGGGGGGGGGGGGUAGAGCGAGACAGAGAGAUAGAGUGGAGAGGAAGAGGGGGGGAAAUAUACAUUCUAAUCAAAGAGCCAAAUGUAGAUUUGGUUUCAUUUAUUGACAGCUUCUAAACUCUUAACUUUUGCUUCACUUUCUCUUUCUUCAAAUCUCCUUUUUAUAUUCCCCCUCUCCUCUCUUCCCCUCCUCCCCUCCCUCCCUCCCUCCCUCUCUCUCCCCCUCUCCUCUCUCCCCUCUCCUGCAACCCUCCCCUCCCUCCCCCUCCCUCCCUCCCCUCCCUCCCACCCCCCCCCUCCCCCCCCCCUCCCUCCCUCCCACCCCCUCUCUCCCCCUCUCCUCUCCCCUCCCUCCCUCUCUCUCUCUCUCUCUCUCCUUUCCCCCUCUCUCCCCUCCCUCUGUCUCCCCUCCCUCACCUCUCUCCCCUACCUCUCUCCUACCUCUCUCCCUCUCUCCCCUCUCUCCCCUCCCUCUCUCUCUCUCUCUCUCUCUCACCUGUAGAAGCUCCAUCGCAGCAGGAAGAGCUUGGCAGCCUUGGGGAAGGCUGCAGGGCUGUGUUGGUAGGGCUUUAGGACCUGGGAGACCACGCCGUCCAACCAGGCAGCCCACUGCUCCAGAGAGUUAUGUUGUUGUAACGUCUGCUUAAAGUCCUGCUCCAACCUCUGGACCACACCAUCCUCACAACGACACACCCACGACGCCUGCUCCUAGAGGGGGGAAGAGAGGGAGGGAGGGAGGGAGGGAGGGAGGGGUUCAGACUUAUAGGUUGGAGAGAGAGAGAGCAAGGUAGAGAGGAACAGAUCUGUGCCUUGACAGACAUGUAGACAGAGAGGGAGACAGAGAGAGGGAGACAGAGAGGGAGGUAGACAGAGAGGGAGGUAGACAGAGAGGGAGGUAGACAGAGAGGGAGGUAGACAGAGAGGGAGGGAGACAGAGAGAGGUAGACAGAGAGGUAGAGAGAGAGGCAGACAGAGAGGGAGGUAGAGAGAGAGAGAGAGAGCGUGAGAGAAGAGAGAAAGAGGUAUUCAGAUAUAUCAAGAGAGAAUGAAACAGAUAGACAGGCCUGUAGCUUGGUGAACUCCACCCUGUUGAGGUCACAGAGAGAGAGAGAGAGACAGAGCAAAAGACAGAGAGAUCAAUAGGUAUCCAGACAGACGUACCUGUACGUUGGUGAAGUCAACCCUGUUGAGGUCACUCAGCAUCUGAUUGACCUGGGCUGUGUUCUGGAGGACGGCCCUGGCUGCCUGGGUCAGGUGGUUUAGACUGGUGUAGCGCCGCAGCGUCUGGGCAAACGCCCCCGCACACACCACCUGGAGGAGAGGAGAGGGGGAGGGGGAGACGGGAGAGGAGGGGAGAAAAGGGGAGGUUAGGGGGGAGAGGAAAUGUAGUUUUGUGGAAGAGUGUUUGUAUUGUGUGUGUGUGUGUGUGUGUGUUGUGUGCGAGAUCACACCUUGAUGCGGACCAUCUCCUCUGGUAUGUUCAUCAUGGCGCUGGUCAGCCAGCUCUCCAGACUCUUGGCAAAGUUACGGAUGGCUUGAGUUAAGGCACCUGACAGAGAGAGAGAGAAAAAUAAGGUAGUCAUGUUUUAAAAGACAUAUUACAUGUGUAGUUACUGUAUGUACUGUCAUUAAUCCAGGCUCUGUCGCAGCCGGCCGCGACCGGGAGACUCAUGGGCGGCGCACAAUUGGCCUAGCGUCGUCCAGGGUAGGGGAGGGAAUGGCAGGCAGGGAUGUAGCUCAGUUGAUAGAGCAUGGCGUUCGCAACGCCAGCGUUGUGGGUUUGAUUCCCACGGGGGGCCAGUAUAAAAAAAAAUAUAUAUAUAUAUAUAUGUAUUCACUAACUGUAAGUCGCUCUGGAUAAGAGCGUCUGCUAAAUGACUAAAAUGUAAAUGUAAUUAAAUGUUAUGUAGCUUUAAUGUCAUGUUAUGUAGACCUAUGUUGUGUUAUGUCCAUUUACAUCAUUUAGCAGACGCUCUUAUCCAGAGCGACUUACAAAUUGGUGCAUUCAACUUAUGAUAGCCCUAUGUCAUGUUAUGUAGCUCUAAUGUCGUGUUAUGUAGCUCUAAUGUCGUGUUAUGUAGCUCUAAUGUCGUGGUAUGUAGCUCUAAUGUCAUGUUAUGUAGCUCUAAUGUCAUGUUAUGUAGCUCUAAUGUCAUGUUAUGUAGCUCUAAUAUCGUGUUAUGUAGCUCUAAUGUCAUGUUAUGUAGCCCUAAUGUCAUGUUAUGUAGCUCUAAUGUCGUGUUAAGUAGCUCUAAUGUCGUGUUAUGUAGCUCUAAUGUCAUGUUAUGUAGCUCUAAUGUCAUGUUAUGUAGCUCUAAUGUCGUGUUAUGUAGCUCUAAUGUCGUGUUAUGUAGCUCUAAUGUCAUGUUAUGUAGCUCUAAUGUUGUGUUACGUAGCUCUAAUGUCGUGUUAUGUAGCUCUAAUGUCAUGUUAUGUAGCUCUAAUGUCGUGUUAUGUAUCCCUAUGUUGUGUUAUGUAGCCCUAUGUCAUGUUAUAGUGAGGGAAAAAAGUAUUUGAUCCCCUGCUGAUUUUGUACAUUUGCCCACUGACAAAGACAUGAUCAGUCUAUAAUUUUAACGGUAGGUUUAUUUGAACAGUGAGAGACUUAAAAAUCCAACAAAAAAAUCCAGAAAAACGCAUGUCAAAAAUUUUAUAAAUUGAUUUGCAUUUUAAAUGAGGGAAAUAAGUAUUUGACCCCUCUGCAAAACAUGACUUAGUACUUGAUGGCAAAACCCUUGUUGGCAAUCACAGAGGUCAGACGUUUCUUGUAGUUGGCCACCAGGUUUGCACACAUCUCAGGAGGGAUUUUGUUCCACUCCUCUUUGCAGAUCUUCUCCAAGUCAUUAAGGUUUCGAGGCUGACGUUUGGCAACUCGAACCUUCAGCUCCCUCCACAGAUUUUCUAUGGGAUUAAGGUCUGGAGACUGGCUAGGCCACUCCAGGACCUUAAUGUGCUUCUUCUUGAGCCACUCCUUUGUUGCCUUGGCCGUGUGUUUUGGGUCAUUGUCAUGCUGGAAUACACAUCCACAACCCAUUUUCAAUGCCCUGGCUGAGGGAAGGAGGUUCUCACCCAAGAUUUGACGGUACAUGGCCCCGUCCAUCGUCCCUUUGAUGCGGUGAAGUUGUCCUGUCCCCUUAGCAGAAAAACACCCCCAAAGCAUAAUGUUUCCACCUCCAUGUUUGACGGUGGGGAUGGUGUUCUUGGGGUCAUAGGCAGCAUUCCUCCUCCUCCAAACUAGGCGAGUUAAGUUGAUGCCAAAGAGCUCGAUUUUGGUCUCAUCUGACCACAACACUUUCACCCAGUUCUCCUCUGAAUCAUUCAGAUGUUCAUUGGCAAACUUCAGACGGCCCUGUAUAUGUGCUUUCUUGAGCAGAGGGACCUUGCGGGCGCUGCAGGAUUUCAGUCCUUCACGGCGUAGUGUGUUACCAAUUGUUUUCUUGGUGACUAUGGUCCCAGCUACCUUGAGAUCAUUGACAAGAUCCUCCCGUGUAGUUCUGGGCUGAUUCCUCACCGUUCUCAUGAUCAUUGCAACUCCACGAGGUGAGAUCUUGUAUGGCCCCGGGCCGAGGGGCUCCAUUUGCGAAUAAUCGCACCAACUGUUGUCACCUUCUCACCAAGCUGCUUGGCGAUGGUCUUGUAGCCCAUUCCAGCCUUGUGUAGGUCUAUAAUCUUGUCCCUGACAUCCUUGGAGAGCUCUUUGGUCUUGGCCAUGGUGGAGAGUUUGGAAUCUGAUUGAUUGAUUGCUUCUGUGGACAGGUGUCUUUUAUACAGGUAACAAACUGAGAUUAGGAGCACUCCCUUUAAGAGUGUGCUCCUAAUCUCAGCUCGUUACCUGUAUAAAAGACACCUGUGAGCCAGAAAUCUUUCUGAUUGAGAGGGGGUGAAACACUUAUUUCCCUCAUUAAAAUGCAAAUCAAUUUAUACAAUUUUUGACAUGCGUUUAUCUGGAUUUUUGUUGUUGUUAUUCUGUCUCUCACUGUUCAAAUAAACCUACCAUUAAAAUUAUAGACUGAUCAUUUAUUUGUCAGUGGGCAAACGUACAAAAUUAGCAGGGGAUCAAAUACUUUUUUCCCUCACUGUAUGUAGCUCUAAUGUCAUGUUAUGUAGCCCUAUGUCAUGUUACGUAGCUCUAAUGUCAUGUUAUGUAGCUCUAAUGUCAUGUUAUGUAGCUCUAAUGUCAUGUUAUGUAGCUCUAAUGUCAUGUUACGUAGCUCUAAUGUCGUGUUAUGUAGCUCUAAUGUCGUGUUAUGUAGCUCUAAUGUUGUGUUACGUAGCUCUAAUGUCGUGUUAUGUAGCUCUAAUGUCGUGUUAUGUAGCUCUAAUGUCAUGUUAUGUAGCUCUAAUGUCAUGUUAUGUAGCUCUAAUAUCGUGUUAUGUAGCUCUAAUGUCAUGUUAUGUAGCCCUAAUGUCAUGUUAUGUAGCCCUAUGUCAUAACUCACUGGGGAUGGGUCGUAGUACGUCAGGUAUGAGGAUCUCCACCAGGGCCUGGUACAGUGUGUUGUCACAGUCUCUGGUCCAGUGAAGAACAGGCUGGUACUUACACAGCACCACCAGGUACCACUUAGGUAGACGCUCCUCUGACUCACCAUGACUGGAGACACACACACAAUAUUUGUUAGAUUGCGUGUGUUAUAAUGUAAUGUGUGACACGUAGAAUGUGUGUGCGCGUGUGUGUUUCACUCACACGCUGAGUGUGUCUGCGUCGAUGCUCUCGCUGAACCUCCAGAAGGUUUUCCACAGUGUCUCCACCAGAGUGAACUGCAGGUUCACCAUCACAUCGAGAAUGGCCUGCACAGACAUGACAUAGCACUACGUGAGACUGACAUAGCACUACGUGAGACUGACAUAGCACUACGUGAGACUGACAUAGCACUACGUGAGACUGACAUAGCACUACGUGAGACUGACAUAGCACUACGUAAGAAUGAUAAAACUCUACAUUUGUCUGAUAUUACACUACAUUAGACUGACAUAACACACCUGUAGACUGACAUAGUACUUUAACAGACAUGAAAGAUAGAAAGUCAUAACACUACAUUAGACUAACAUAACAUGACAUUUGACCCACAUAACUGGACAUAGACCUACAUUAGACAAAGCACUACAUUAGACUAACAUAAGACUACAUUAGACAGACAUAACACUACAUUAGACUAACAUAAGACUACAUUAGACAGACAUAACACUACAUUAGACUGACAUAAAACUACAUUAGACUGACAUAACACUACAUUAGACAGACAUAACACUACAUUAGACUGACAAAGCACUACAUUAGACAGACAUAACACUACAUUAGACUGACAAAGCACUACAUUAGACUGACAUAGCACUACAUUAGACUGACAUAAACACUACAUUUUCAUUACACUACAAUAGACUAACACAGUGUUUCCCAAUCCUGGUCCUGGAACUAACACACCUGAUUCAACAUCUCAACUCAUCAUCAUUAACAUUAGCUCAAUCAAGACAGACAUAGCCCUGCAUAAUAUACACAACACUUCAUAAGACUGACAUAAGACUGACAUAAGCCAGCAGUGCGUAGUAGAAUGUAUACCUCACAGUGUUCCCUGUAGAGCUGUUGGAAGGCUGUGAUGUGUUCUGGAAUGAUCCCGUCUGGAAGAGGUCCGUCCUGCAGAUCCAACUCUGGGAACUCAGGCAGCGCCCGUGACGCGUCUGGACAACAACAACAACAUGUUUACAUUGUUGUGUUAUUAUGUGUGGAAUUAUAUGUUGAUGAUUUAACAAUGUGUUUAUAUGUGUGCAUCACAUUGGUCAGUAUGUUUCCUAGCUAUGUUUAAGCCAUUAUUUACAUACUGAGACAGUGUGUUACUACGGGUGGGUGUGUGUGUGUGUGUGUGUGUGUGUGUGCGCUAGGGAUGCACAUUUCGGUCAAUUUAGCUGCCGACUAACUCUUUAACUGGUCAACAAACGGUAAACAUUUUUCCAAACAGUAAAAUGACAUGACCAACAGAAAAGACUAUGCAUGCAUACAAGGAACGGACAUUUUUCAUUAAUGGAAACACGCAACAAUAGCAAGCCUAUAGUUUUACAGUCAAAAGGCUAUAGCCUAUUAUUGAACAUGCAACUCCUGUAACGAAGCAGUUAAUAAAACGUCAUUUUCUAACUUUUACAAAAUGCAAAUCGCGGGAAAACACAGUUCUAAACAGCGCACCUGAUCCCAGAAGUUCCAUAUGUGACAGAGAUUAAAAUCUCAGUUAGAAAUUUAGAAUUAGGGGGAAUCUAAUAGCAACUAGGAUGGGUUGCUAAUAUGACUAGGAUGGUGCCUUGGACUUCUGGGCAACGAAAGAAAGUUGAUGUGAAAACCAAUAGAACAGGAGAGAAAUGCUGGUUAAUGGCAUGAGGAAGUCUUUAUAACAGUUUCUAUCGAUUCAUUUAGUCAAGGCUACUUUGAAGCAAGUAAAGUAAAACAGGUUUCAAACAAUUCUACUGCCAAGUGGUGGGUGACGCUGAUAGCCUGCCUAGCGUUGACUAACGCCUAUGCACUCAAGCUGAUGCCGCCCUACGUUGACUAACGCCUAUGCACUCCAAGUGGUGGGUGACGCUGAUAGCCUGCCUAGUGUUGACUAUCCAAGUGGUGGGUGACGCUGAUAGCCUGCCUAGCGUUGACUAACGCCUAUGCACUCGAUUGGCGAAUGGGAGGCGCGUUUUAAUUACGACUUGAGAUUGAGAAAUAAAAAGUCGUUAUUUUUAAUCGUGGCCAUCAAUGUUUGUCACCUUCUCCACCAAGCUGCUUGGCGAUGGUCUUGUAGCCCCAUUCCAUCCUUGUAGGUCUAUAAAUCUUGUCCCUGACAUCCUUGGAGGCUCUUUUGGUCUUGCCAUGGGUGGAUAGUUUGGAAAUCUGAUUUGUUGAUUGCCUUCUUCUAGUGGACAGGUGUCUUUUAUACAGGUAACGAAACUGAGAUUAGAGCCUCCCUUAAAGAGUGUGCUCCUAAUCUCGCUCGGUACCUGUAAAAAGACACCUGGGACCAGCAAUCUUUCUGAGAGAGUGGGUCAAUACUUAUUUCCCGCAUUAAAAUGCAAAUCAAUUAUACAAUUUUUGACAUGCGUUAUCUGGAUUUUUUGUUGUUGUUAUUCUGUCUCUCAUUCACUGUUCAAAUAAAACCUCCCAUUAAAAUUAAGACUGAUCAUUUAUGUCAGCGCCAAACGUACAAAUAGCAGGGAUCAAACUUCGUUUCCCUACUUAUGUAGCUCUAAUUCAUGUUAUGUAGCCCUAUGGUCAUGUUUUACGUAGCUCUCUGUCAUGUUAUGUGCUCUAAUUCAUGUUAUGUAUGCGCUAAUGUCCAUGUAUGUGCUCUAAUGUCAUGUUACGUAAGCUCUAAUUUCGUUUGAUAGAACUCGACUAAGUCGUUGUUAUGUACUCGAAUGUUUGUUACGUAGCUCUAAAUGUCGUGUUAUCAGCUCUAAUGUCGUGUUAUAGCUCUAAUGUCAUGUUAUGUAAGCUCUAAUGUCAGGUUAUGUAGCUCUAAUGUCAUGCUUAUGUAGCCCUAAUUUCAUGUUAUUAUCCCUAAUUCUAACUCACUGGGGAUGGUUUCGGUAGUCAGGUUGAGGGAUCUCCACAGGGCCUGGUCCGUGUGUUGUCACGUCUCUGGUCCAGUGAAUUAACAUGCUGGUACUUCCAGCAACCACCAUGUACCACUUAGGUAGAACGCUCGCUCUGACUCACCAUAGACUGGAGACCACCACAAUAUUUGUUAGAUUGCGUGAUGUUUAAUGUAAUGUGUGACACUAGAAUUUGUGUGCGCGUGUGUGUUUCACUCACACGCUGAAGUGUGUCUGCGUCGAUGCCUCUCGCUGACCCUCCAGAAGGUUUUCCACAGUGUCUCCACCCGAGUGAAACUGCAGGUUCACCACACAUCGAGAAUGGCCUGCAAAGACUGACAUAGCACUACGUUAAGACUGACCUAGCACUCGUUAGACCUGACAUAGCACUACUUGAAGACUGACCUAUCACUACUGAUACUGACAUAGCACUACUUAGACGACUAGCACUACGUAAUAAUGAUAAAACUCUACAUUUCUGAUAUUACCGACAUUAGACUGACAUACCACAACCUGUAGACUGACAUAGACUACUUAACAGACAUGAAAGAUAAAAGUCAUACACUACAUAGCCUAACAUAACAUGACAUUUGACCACAUAACAACUGUACAUAGCCUACAUUAGACAAAGCACUACAUUAGCUAACAAUAAGACUAGAAACAUUAGACAGACAUAACCCUACAUUAACUAACAGAAGACUUCAUUAGACAGACAUAACACUACAUUAGACUGACUAAAACUACAUUAGACUGACAUAGCAUUACAUUAGACAAGACCUAACACUACAUUAGACUGACAAAGCCGUACAUUAGACAGACAUCACACUACAUAGACGACCAGCACUACAUUAGACUGACAUAGCACUCCUUAGACUGACCUAGCACUACAUUAGAACUGACUAACCCUCUACAUUUCAUUACACUACAUAGAAUAACACAGUGUUUCCCAUCCUGUUCCUGUAACUAACACACCUGAUUUCAACUUCUCAACUCAUCAUCAGUAACUUAGCCUCAUCAAGACAGACAUAGCCCUGCUAAUAUACACAACACUUCAUAAGACUGACAUAAGUACGACAUAAGCCACGUGCGUAGGAGAAUGUAUACCUCACAGUGGUCCAUCCCUGUAAGCUGUUGGAGGGCUGUGAUGGGGUUCUGGAAUGAUCCAUCCCUCUGGAAGAGGUCCGUCUGGCAGAAUCCAACUCUGGGACUCGGGCACCGCCCGUGACGCGUCCUGGACACCAACACAACAACAACAGUUUACAUUGUUGUGUUAUUAUGUGUGUAAUUAUAUGUUUGAUGAUUUAAAACAAUGUGUUUAUAUGUGUGCAUGGAAAUUCCCCCUUGUUCAUAAUGUUUCCUAGGCUAUGUUUAAGCGCAUUUUACAUCUGAGACGUGUGUUACUACUACGGUGUGUGUGGGUGUGUGUGUGUGUGCGCUAUGGAUGCACCUUUCGGUCAAUUUUGCUGCCGACUAACUCUUUACUGGUCAACAAACGGUAAACAUUUUUCCAACAGUAAAAUGACAUGACCAACGAAAAAGACUAUGCAUGCAUACAAGGAACGGACUUUUUCAUUAAUGGAACACGCAACCAUAGCAAGCCUAUAUUUACAGUCCAAAAGGCUAGAGCCUAUUAUUGAACAUGCAACUCCUGUAACGAAGUCAGUUAAGAAAACGUCAUUUUCAACUUUUACUCAUGCAAUUCGCGGGAAAAAAAAAAAAAAAAAAAAAUAAGAACACCCCAAACACGCGCGCCCGACGCCCCCCCGAAAACAAAAGGAGGUUGAAAAGGGUGCCCCCCUCCCCGUGCCCCCACCCCCCGCCCGCCAAGCGACCCCCCCCACCCCCCGGCCGAGCCCCCCCCCCCCCGGAGUAUGCCCCGGACACCCCACACGGGUAGAGGAGCCCAGACCGGGGCACGCCCCCCGGCCCACCCCCCCCCAGGGGCCAGGGGUCCCCCCCGCGGCCCCCUUGCCGACCCCCCCACCCCCACCCACGGCCUGGCGAAUGAAAAUAGAUGACGAGCAGAAUGGUCGCGUCAAGUGGCCUAGCAGCCCCGCAACCCCACGCCACCCACGAGAGGGACACAAGGCGCCCCUAGACCCACCAACCGGAGGCGGAGCAGACACCCCUCCCCGG